AUGACAAGCAUCGGUGUCAAAUGCAGGAGGCGUUUUCCCAUCCGGAACUCAACCUUAUGUGAAGGAAUUGCGUUGUGUAAGAGCUAUAAGAUUGAACAAGCACAAGGUCUUCUUCUGUAGAGGGGGAGAGCAAAAGGGGAAACUUCGUUCACCAUCUAAGGGAUUCUCUGACUUGCUCUUUCAAUCUGAAAGAAGCCUCUUCAAUGGAAGUAACUACCAUGAGAGGACUCCCAGAUAUGGGAGUGGAGGAUUCUGGCUUCAUCAAUCCGUGGCAAAUGCAUUCAUUUGAUGAGCUUCACACACUUCCGCUAGCAGCUGCACUGGGUGAACAUAUGCAAGGCUUUUUCCCUCAACCGAACAUCAAUUUCAAAGCUUCCGCAGAUGCUUCUAACUCCGUGAUCAACAGACCAGUAAAACAGCUCAAAACAAAUAGCUGGGAUUCAUGCAGAGUUGAUCCUGUGUCAAUUCCUCAAUCUUUCUCUCCCUCCAAUGUUCUUUCUUUCGUCUCUUCCAAUUUCACAAAUCAAAGUAGUGUUGUGAAACCUAAAGAGGAGGCAAUCGGUUCUAAGAGCGUCGGCAAUGUCUCUUCUGAUAUGCCUUUUCCUCAGGGUUCAUUUGGGAACCAAAAUUAUGUACUUAAGGCUUGUCACGGAGGUAAAAGGGUAAGUACAAACAAUAGUCUAUCUCAGACGCAAGAUCACAUCAUAGCAGAGAGAAAACGGCGAGAAAAGCUCAGUCAACGGUUUAUCGCCUUAUCUGCCCUUGUCCCUGGACUAAAGAAGAUGGACAAAGCUUCUGUUCUUGGUGAUGCAAUUAAGUACUUGAAGCAACUCCAAGAAAGAAUCAAGAUACUUGAGGAGCAGACUCGAAAGAGAAGCAUGGAGUCAGUAGUCUUUGUGAAAAAAUCUCAGGUAUUUGAAGAUGGCAUGAAUUCUUCUACAGACGAGAAUUUCUCUAGUGGUCCCUGUGAUGAGCUGCUACCAGAAGUUGAAGCAAGAAUUUGCGACAAUGAUGUCCUCUUAAAAGUUCACUGUGAGAAAAGUAAGGGAGUUCUGGAAAAGAUAAUUGGUGAAGUUGAGAAACUCCAUUUGACCAUCAUUAACAGCAGUUUAAUGACUUUUGGGACAUCAGCUGUUGAUAUAACCAUUCUUGCUCAGAUGAAUCAUGAGUUCUGCAUGCCUGUGAAGGAUCUCGUGAAAAAUCUGCGCACAGCUUUCAAGUCAUUCAUGUGACGGAAAGAAGAAAGAACUCCACGAGAGAAUAACUCCUUGCUUCUGUUCAUAUACAGAAUAACUGCCAUUUCUGUUCACUUCCUGUGUUCAGGAGCUUCGAGAACAAGGAAGAGUCCAUUCAAACAAUCUCAAUAUCAUCUAUAUUAAUCUGUUUACAAGGCCUGUGAUGCUCUGUGCUCCAAGAUCAUUUACCAUCAACGGUUUUUUUUUUUUUUUUUUUUUUUUUUUUGCUGUGAGGCUCAUUUUGCAGGAGGGCUCUUCAUCUGAUUUUUGCGUGGUCAAUCUGUUGAUCAUGUUCAUGGCCAUCCUGUUCAAGAUUGUUCUUCUCAUGACUCUUCAAGGUCUCUCCUUUUAAUCUGAAGAGACCUGUUUUUUAGGAGCGUGGAGCUUGUGGCCUUUGUUUCCGUACUUGGUUCUGUCAGUGUUUUAGAGGCAUCUAAAAAAGUCGAUGAGCCUCUUUUCCUUGUAGUAGUUUAUCUCAAGGUAGUAAAAAUAAAAUCAGUUGCCUUGUUAUAUUUA